UAGUGAUGUGGGGACCCUUGAACCACUGACUAACAUGAAAAUAAAAAGGAGCUGCUGGAGACGAAAUCAGAACCAAGAGGCGAGUGAAUAAUGGACUUACACUCGACAGUGCUCCCCCAGACCAUCAUGGCCUCUACAAGCGCCUCCAGAGUUCCCACCCUCUACCGGCCAUGACGUCACAGGUCUGGCUCCGUGACCAGCCGGUGUUUGACAAUCGCCAGGGCCAAGAGCGCAGGGAGAACUGAGAGAGGACCAGGGACGUUUUGCACCACGGCACCCAACACACCUCCACAGUCCAUAUCACGCCUCCCCGGAACAGGCCUGCUGUGAGCCAAGCGCCCAUGGAAGUUCUAAAGGUGCAGGCCCACCUGGAGAAUCCCACCAAGUAUCACAUCCAGCAGGCUCAGAGGCAGCAGGUGAGGCAGUAUCUGUCCACCACCCUGGUGGGUAAAGUCGGCAGCCAGUGCCCCAGCCAGCCCCCUGAGCACGGCAUGCCACCCGGGCCUGGCAGCAGCGCCCCCAACAGUCCCAUGGCCCUGCUCACACUCAGCUCCAACUGUGAGAAAGAGAUGGAUGAUGUCAUUGAUGAUAUUAUCAGCUUGGAGUCAAGUUACAAUGAAGAUGUUCUUGGACUUAUGGAUCCAGGACUCCAAAUGAACAACCCGCUCCCUGUGUCUGAAAGCCUUCUCGAUGUGUACGGCAACCAAGGACUUCCACUCCCGGGCCUCGCCAUCAGCAACUCCUGUCCAUCCAACAUUAAGAGAAAAUACACAGCUCCUGGCAUGAAGCAAGUACUGGACAAGCAUGAAUCCUGUGGCCUGUAUGAAAACUAUCAAAGGCCAGAGGGCUUUCCAGUAGAAGCUGAAGUCCGUGCUCUUGCUAAAGAGAGACAGAAGAAAGACAACCACAACUUAAUUGAACGAAGACGGAGAUUCAACAUCAACGAUCGCAUCAAAGAACUGGGAACCUUGAUACCCAAGUCAAAUGAUCCAGACAUGCGCUGGAAUAAGGGCACCAUUCUCAAAGCCUCAGUGGACUAUAUCAGGAGGCUACAGCGGGAGCAGCAGAGAGCCAAGGAGCUUGAGUGCAGACAGAGGAAGCUGGAGCAUGGAAACCGCCAUCUAAUGCUUCGUAUACAGGAGUUGGAGAUCCAGGCCCGUGCUCAUGGUCUUACAGUGGUUCCAUCCUCAUCUGUCUGUACAUCAGAUUUGAUUGGCCGAGCCAUUAAACAAGAACCCGCCCUCGGCGACUGCCCAGCAGACCUCUACCAGCACAGCUCGGCUCCUGACAUGUCACCUCCGACCACACUGGACCUCAACAAUGGCACCAUCACCUUCGACCAGAUUCCUGCAGACGCCGGGGAUCCUGAUCGCUAUGGAACCUCCAGGACCUGUAAAAUGAAAGAAUUUGUAAGGGACACCCUGUCGCCAAUAUCCACAAGUGAUCCCCUGCUGUCCUCAAUGUCCCCAGAUGGCUCCAACAACGGUAGCAGCCUGCACAGUUCCAGCUCUAGUAUGGAUGAGAAGGAGCAUGGCUGUUAGCAUACAGACACUUUCUAUCUGUAGCAUCCCAUCAAUGAGGCACUCACCUUAUAGUGACUUAAAGAAUUCACAUGCCUAAGUGAAUAAACUCUAUUAUGAACUCUAUUUUUAUCUUGAUUCCAUUCCUUGUACUUUUUACCCAUUUAUUGCUGAAUUGUAAUGUUCAAAAACUGUAUGUUAAUGUGCCUGAGGUAUUUCAGUUCCUCGAUUUUACACAAUAUUUUUACAUUCUUGAAGAUCUUGAUGCUGUAUAGAUGGACAGUUGACAAAUAUAUACAAGGCGACAAAUCUGCUGUCAUAGACUGGCCAACUGAAUGAUUUAACAGUUUAUUUUUGUCUUUUUUAAAACUAUGGUUUUAAUAUUUGUCCCAUAUAUACUCUGUAUUGAACUGUCCAUGGCAAAAGAGAUAACAAACAUAUGUGAAAAUGUUUUGGUCGAAAAAAAUGCGAAAAGGUUUAGUGUAAUGCUCGAAAAAGUUCUUGUAGACAUGAAUAUUAGAUAUCUGUCUUAAACUUGUGAUUGUUCCAUUGCAAGAACAUGCACAACAUAUAUAAAAAAGGUUUUUAAAUAUUAAAGGAUCAAGUAUUGCAUAUUAUUGCAAACUAUUUAUUGUUUCUAAACAUAUUUAAAUGUAAUUGUUAUAUCCUGUGGUCUUAAUGUACUCUGAAGAAAAUAACAACUCAAAUAUUGACCACAUUAUUAUUAUCAUCAUUUAUUUAUUAUAUAUUCUUUAUUUUAUCCAGUGACAGCUCAUUUUGUUUUAAAGAGAUUUUGAGAUUUAUACCAAUGGUUUACAGAUUGGUUUUCUCUGAGGGACUUUUAUUUAUUUGUAUUUGUAACGGCCCACAAAAACAUGAUAUUCCUAUUCUAACAUGAUUUAUGUACAAAUGUUAAUGCCAAUGAUAAAGGCAAAUAAGACACAAGUUGUCUGUGACAAUAUUGGGUGAAUAGGGUAAAAUGACCUUAUAUUGAUAAUGUGCUAUAGUAUUUUAAUGGGUCCUGGCGUGAUACAUCAUAAUACUUUCUUUAUAAUUAAUGUAAAAUAAAAUUGAAAAAUAAAUAAACUAAAAUGUGGUUUGCUAACAAGGGUUCACGCCAGCCUUUGACCAAACAUGUAAUUGCUUUGUAGGCACUGAUCAACUACUGAUUUAAUUUUUACUCAGAGCUAAAGCGAUACAUACAUAGGGAAAUCUUUUUUGAUGUUUGGACAGAACUGGUUGAUACCAUAUGAGGCAUUUUUGUUAAUGUUUGUUAUCUCUUGCCAAUAUUGUAAAUAAAUAAAACACUUGAGAUACUGUA